UCUCUGGCAUUGCUACCGCCACCUGGACUGGACUCGGUCGGCUUUGCUCGCUCGUCCGCCCGCCCGCCUGGCGUUUUGAUCGCGGUCUCGUCCUGGUCUUGUCGUGCUCUGCUUAAAUCACGGCGAGCGGGGCUGCCAACACUCGCUCCUUUUAACUUCGGAUGUUGGGAACGUAAGAGGAGGAGGAGAGAGGAGGACCUGGAGGGCCAGGCUCCGAGUGCGAGCAGGCUGGAGGGCCGGACGCUAUCCGGCGUUUCUGAGCCAGCAAAGAGCCGAGACGGCCGGGCCGCCGUCGGUCGGCUAGCGGGCCGGCUAGGUCGCGUCUUAUCCUGCCGAGAGCCGGCGGGAACGGUCGGCGUCUGCUACUCUCUCCCACUUUGCCACGUUUGCUCGGCGACCGUCGGGCUUACGGUGGCCCGCGGCCGUCCCGCCGUCCUUCCCAUUGCCAUCCUUCGUCGCCAUGGCAGCGCUCAUCAAAGAGAUCGUCAGCCGAAAAAAGAGACGGUACCAGGAGGACGGCUUCGACCUGGACCUCACGUACAUCUACCCCAACAUCAUCGCCAUGGGUUUUCCCGCCGAGCGUCUGGAGGGCGUCUACAGGAACAACAUUGACGACGUCGUGCGGUUUCUGGACUCAAAGCACAAAAGCCACUACAAGAUCUACAACCUGUGCGCCGAGCGACAUUACGACACGUCCAAAUUCAACUGUCAAGUGGCCGAGUACCCGUUUGAGGACCACAACCCGCCGCAGCUGGAGCUCAUCAAGCCCUUCUGCGAGGACCUGGACGCCUGGCUGAGCCGCGACGAGCGCCACGUCGCCGCCAUCCACUGCAAGGCUGGCAAAGGCCGCACGGGCGUGAUGAUUUGCGCCUACCUGCUGCACCGCGGAAAGUUCCGCCAGGCUCGGGAGGCCCUGGACUUUUACGGCGAAGCCCGCACCAGGGACAAGAAGGGCGUGACCAUCCCCAGCCAACGGCGUUACGUGUGCUACUACAACACGCUGCUGAGGAGGAGACUUCACUACUCGCCCGUGGCGUUGCUCUUGCACAAGAUGCUCUUUGAAACCAUUCCCAUGUUCACCGGGGGGACCUGCAGUGAGUCGGCGACCGCCCGCCCGCACCACCUUGUUCUGGCUCACACUGUGCUCUUCUGGCGCGCAGAUCCCCUCUUUGUCAUCUACCAGCUGAAGGUGAAGAUCCACAUGUCCAACCCGGCGUACACGCGGCGCGAAGACAAGCUGAUGCUCUUUGAGUUCCCGCAGCCGCUGCCUGUGUGCGGUGACAUCAAGGUGGAGUUCUUCCACAAGCAGAACAAGAUGAUGAAGAAGGACAAGAUGUUCCACUUCUGGGUCAACACCUUCUUCAUUCCCGGGCCGGAGGAGGGCCCGGAGAAGCUGGAGAACGGCCAAAGCGGAACCUCGCGGGACGCCGGAUCCGACGGGCCCCGGCAGAGCCGGGAAGACGACGACGACGAUGACUGCGGCGACUUCCUGAUUCUGACGCUGCUGAAGAACGACCUGGACAAGGCCAACAAGGACAAAGCCAACAGGAACUUCUCGCCCAACUUUAAGGUCAAACUGUUCUUCACCAAGACGGCGGAGGAAGGCGGCAGCGGUGGCAGCCAGGUGAACAGCGCGUCGGUGACGCCGGACGUCAGUGACAACGAACCCGAUCACUACCGCUACUCGGACACCACCGACUCGGACACCGAAAACGAGCCCUUUGACGACGAGCGGGACCAGAUCACCAAGGUGUGAGCAAUCCGCUGGGGUAGCGGCCGCCCAAGACCCGGACGGUUGUCCCGUGAUGGUGCCGUUUACCGGGGGGAGGCCUGCCUGCCUGCCUGCCUUCCUUCCUUCCUUCCUUCCUUCCUUCCUUCCUUCCUUCCUUCCUUCCUUCCGCCUUUCUCUCAGUCACAAACUUGAGCGCGUUUGAUUGGACACUCUUGGACAGCAGCAGAGUCGCCGUCCCUCCGUCGGGGGCUCCCGAAGCCCACACGCGGCUCAGAGCCGAGCAAAAGAUGAUCUCAGGUUUGAGCCCAGCGGCUCGCCGCUCUUCGUUUGCAUCUCGGGUUACCCCGAGGCAGCGAGCGCCGUCCGGUGAAUAAAGCAAAUAUUUAUAACGUG